GUCCGCCUUCCUACAGCAAUGUCCAGCAUGCCCGACAAACGCAAACCGUCUAUUUCAGCAUCUGGUGCUUCGCCUUAUGCGAAACGAUCUCGCGCCUCGUACGCCGACGAGGAAGAUGAAGAGGAGACGCCGCGGACGGUAACGCCUUACGAGCGCCCUCGCAACCAUCCCGUCUAUGGACAGAAAAGCGCCUUUCCCGGCCUCGACACCGCCGGCGAUGACGAGCUGUUCUACGGACCGGCGGAAGAUGGAUUGGAAUAUCUGCGAAUGGUCCGAUCCGAAGCCAAUUCCCUCCCCUUCCUUUUCAAUGCGCCACCAGCCACGACCUCGAUCGCAACAGAGACUACGAACCCUGAUGUCAGCACAGACAUGAUAAACCCAACAGAACAGCCACAUCCUCAAGCUACCGCUGCUACUACUGCCGUAACCGCUACCACAACAACCACCACCACCAUCACCACCUCUCCCCCCACUCUCCGCGAGGGAAUCUACCAAGACGGCGUCUAUUUUGUCCCCACCACCAACGACAGCAAACCCCCCACCGGCCCUUCAAUGACCACACCACCAUCAUCCCACCACCAACAACCCUCCGACCUGGAAAUCCUCCCCGCCCAAUCAACAUAUUACACCCUCCUGCACCACCGCUUCCUCCUCCUCCGCUCCAUCCUGAAAUGCACCCCGCCGCCCGACGCCAUCGCCGCGCUGGACCACGACCACCCGAUCUCGCUCCCGCGGCACUCCCGGAAUGCGCGCCGCGAGUGGCGCCGGUUGCUGCUGGCGGUGGACCCGCAGACGGUGCAGCUGGCGUGCAUGGACAUGGAGAGCGUGCUCGGCGUGCUGGGGAUUAUGGCUCGGGUGAUGUCGGAGAAUGUGCGCAGCGGGGACGAGGCCAAGGUCCGGCGGAUCGCGGCGUGGGCGUGGGGCUUGCUGGCGCGGUGUCGGGAGGUGGGCCAGUUGGGGACGGAGGAGGUGGGCGAGAUUCGGGAUUUGGGGAAGAGGGCGGUUAGGGUUUUGGGGAGGAUGAGGGAGGUGGAGGGGGGGGAUGGGAGGAAGGGGGGUGGUGAGGAGGAGGAGGAUGGAGAGGGGGAGGGGGAAGGAGAGGGAGAGGGAGAGGGUUCUGGUACAGGCAAUGGGGUCGAGGGUGAUCUGGAGAUGCGGGAUGCAGAUGUAGACGUAGAUGCCAAUGCGGAUGCGGAUGCUGACGCUGACGCAAGUGCGCCGCAAGCUGACCUGGGUGAAUUAGAAGCUGCCAAGGCACGGUUACAGGCGAGUCUUGGAGCCGAUGGCGCCGCUGAUGUUGAGGUACCGAACGCCGAUGCAGACGGCAACAGCGCUGCGUCGGAGGUGGCACUGCAAAUUCGCGCGAUGUUGGAUAUGGUCAUUACGGUGGUUGGAGAGUACUACGGCCAGCGGGACUUGUUGCAGGCGCGCGAGUUCUGGAGGGCAGCGACGGAGUGAAGGUGAUCUAAGAUGCAUUUAUUGUAGAGAUACCCUGUUGCAAAUUGGUAUUUCAUUUAUGGUUG